UCCAGUCGGGCGAUUUGACCACCCCAGGGGCUCACAGUAUAGUUUGAAUCGGGAAUCGGUGCUGUUCAGUUCGCAAAUGCGCGCCAAAGCACUUGACAAUUAUGUAAAGCUUCUCUCGCCCGAAAACAAGUUUGCAAACAACAAAAAAUGAAUAAACUCGUGGUACCGUAAAACUAUCAAAAAACUGAAGAACAAGUGGAAAACACUCGAAGAAAACAACAAACUAAAAGACUCCGAAAGUGCUAACAAUUAAAAACAAUUUCACAGUUUGCUAACGAACAAGAACAGAGAAAACACAAAAUAUAAUAAGACCAAAAACGCAUCUUGAAUGUCGCGCAAAAUGUUGCAAGUGCCGGUGGCAACACUCGUGUUGCUGUCGCUGCUGCAGAUUGCCGAUGUUGCUGCUGUCGCAGAUGCAGCAGCAGCAACUGCAGCAACAACAUCCACAACGACAACCGGAAUCGAUGCCAGCCUGAAGAAUGCCAAGCUGAUUGAGGGCAAAGUGCUGCCCGAUUUGGCCAUCCUGCAACGCGUUAACCAGGAAGACGAAAAGUGGCAGCAAGUCUACCGGUUCAUCGACGAUGGCUUUCCCGUCCUCGAGUUGUACGGCUACAAGCCAAAAUCGGACCUGCCGUACACACUGAUUGUGCCCAAAAUCGAUGUGCGGAGCAUUGAGAAACCGCGACUGAAGGAGUUCAUGUUGGAGCAUGUGGUGCCUGGGAAAAUCUUCGACAGCUACAGUGCCGCGGCCAACGGCAAUGGGAACAGCAACGAGGAGGAGGAGUCCUUCGGCAAUGGGAACGGACACAAAAUCGUUUUCCGUAAAUUGGAAAAAUCCCACAACAAUGUUUGGCUACUCAAUGGCCAACAAAUACUCCACAAGCUGCGUAUCAAUGAGAACCUGAUGGCCAUUGCAAUUGAUGGUUAUUUGGGCGAUAGGAAGUCCCCCUACUCCAAGCGCAAUAUCCAGGAAACGAACAACCGUUACAACGACCCCCAACCACUGGAACAGCCGAACAUUACGAAUGCACAUGCAAAGGUGGAGCCCAUUAUCAAGGAAUCGAAGGCCAGUCCGUUGAUGUCCUUUUUGGCCAACAUGAAGACGGGCACCAAGGUGUUCCAGCACUUUCUCUCCAAGAGCAAUCUGACCCGCAUUAUGGACGACAACGCGUACACGGUGCUGAUCCCAUCCGACAACGCCUUCCAGCGCUGGCAUCCCAUCGACUGGGGAUUCUAUCCGUUUUCCGUGCCAGAAUUCACCGAGUCGGUGCUUAGGAACCACUUCCUGCCCAUGCAGCGACCCCUGCGGCUGGCCGAUGUCCGGAAUAUGGACGAGGUCGUUGUGCCCACCAUGGGUGGCGAGGAUGUCGUCUUCCACGGCCAACCCACCCCCACGGUGAAUAAUGUGAGCAUUAUGGCCGACUACAACCUCUCCAAUGGCAAUCAGGUCUUCAUUAUCUCCGAGGUGCUCUUCGUCACCGAAGCUGUGGUCUCCAAAUUGCAUCAGAUGCACAAGGACAAGGAGACACCUCCAUUGUUGGCCUUCCCCUGGUUUGGAGCACAGUUCCUGUCCCAUUCGUUUUUGGCUUUGGAGAGAGAUCCCCGAUUUACUCAGAUUACCAGAUACCUAAACAGUGCUGAGAUUGCUCCGCACAUUUCCGGAGCCAAUUACACGUUCUUUGUGCCAGAGGAUCGGGCCUUUGAGAAGUUAGGAUUCGACAAACUAUCUGAUGAGGUUAUGGCCUCACAACGCGGUGUGAAAAUGUUGCUGAAUCACUUCGUAAAAGGACGUCUCUACAAUCGUGAUUUGCGGGAUAAUGAGGUCUUCGAGACGAUCGGCGGUGGCCAUAUAAAGAUCACCCGCAAUCCGGGCAGCAACUACACCAGCGUGAACAAUGCCCAGAUUACGGAGAGCGAGGUGUUCGUAUACAACCUGGGCACCAUGUACUACCUGGACGACAUCCUGUACUCGCACAUGCUGCGCGACUUUGUGACCAAGUCGACCAAGACGAGAUCCAAUCGGCACGGCAGCGAUUCCGGCGGAGGAUCACGGAGCACCUCGCGACCCAGCGACGUGGAGAUCGUGCCCAACGAGUUCGAGGGGGAGCACAACGGCGGCGACUAUGCCAUCCACGGGGAUGACGAGGACUUCGAGGAUGAGAUUAUCACGCCCAAGGCGCUGCCCGUCCAGAUCUACGAGUUGCCCAAGUAGAGAGCGGGAUUCAGAAUGGGUGGAAAAUAUAUCGCGGAUGUAAAUGCGAAAAUAACAUAGGCGGCACUUCUUUGCAAUGGUUUUAGAAAUAUCCAUCAUCCGGUUUUUACUUUCAUGGAGUUCGAUUCAAUUUCUUUUGCGGAUUAAUCAGUCUUGCGGGUUGCAAUAGUAAAUCCCUUCUAACAAAUACUAGGUUUUUUGUCGCUUAUUUUAUUUUGGCAAUUAAGUAACGAUAUUUGUGUGAUUUUUUUUGCAAUCGAUCAUGAGAAUGGGAGGCGAGGCGCUUAAAGCGUUUUUGUAUAGUUCUGGGCUAAUUUUUUUAAAGCAUUUCUCUAGUUUAGUUCUUAGUUCUUCGUGUAUAUUUUAAGUUUAGCAUUGAACGAGGCGGUGAAACGAAGUAUACUACAAAAUCAACAUCAAGAGCAGCAGCAGCGACAUCGACAGCGACAACAAAUAAUAUAUAAAACCUAAUCCUAAAGAACUUAUCAGCGAUUUAGACAAAGCUUGUAGACAUAGCGAGAAAUUGCAGCCAAACAAAUUACUACAAAUAUUCAAGAGUAAAGCAUUCCCGUAAUAUUCGAAUUAGAAGCGAAAUUUCAAGAAAAAAUAUAAACAUAUACGUAUACUAUGCAAAUUCAAUUAGCGCUCAUCAGUGUUUAUGCUUUUUUGAGUCUAUCCAUGUGAGGGAGCAUAGCGAAAACAUAUCGGCUAAAUCAGAGAAUCGACGAAUCGGAAAAUCGGAGGAUCAGAGGAUCGAACCUCGGCGUUCGAAAUUCACUUCGAGAGAAUUCCCUGGAGGGCAUUGGCAGCGGACGGGAGCGAGGCAAGAUAUAUCUAUAAAUACGAGUAUAUUACGAACAAAUAUUGUAUUUUUUAAUUUAACGGUAUUGAUAUUUAAUGUAUCUGUGUAUAUGAACAAAACAAAAAGCAAUGAGAACGAAGCAUCCAAUUUUAUAAUAGUUUGUUAAAAUAAAAACAAAAAUCUUCCAGAAAAACAACAA